AUGAGAAGUUUGACACUUCAGGAUGCCAUCAUGAAGGGCAAGACCUCCCUGGGCAGCGAGGAGCCGGACUCAAAAGAAACGCCGGACAAGACGGAGUAUGACUACCUCCUGAACAUGAACCUCUGGAGCCUGACGUACGAGCGAGUGGAGGAGAUCAAGAAGCAGCUGGAGACCAAGAAGGAAGAGCUGGACCUCCUGCGGGCCACCACCAUCGAGACCCUGUGGGACCGGGACCUCGAUGCCUUUGCCCAGGCCCUGGAUGAAGUGGACCGCGCCGAAGAGGAGGAGGCCAUGGCCGGCGUGGAGGCCGCCGAGGGCCGGAAAAAGAAGACCGCCAGGGCCCGCGGCAAGGCCAAGGCCGCGCCCGCGCCACAAACGAAGAGCGGGGCGUUGCCGCCGGAG